AUGUCAAGGCAAGCGGUCAAUAUAAUAAUGAGAGAUGAUGUGGAUGUGAAUGUAGACGUCGAGUCCGAGGAUGAGUUGGACAAGGCCGACUAUGCCUCUUUCACGCCGCGAGGGGCCCGAAUCAACAUCGUCGCACGCAACUGCAGCCCAAAUAUGACUAACCCCCACCUCUCCGCGUUCACGUCCGCAUCCGGAGCAGCAGCGGCAGCGUUCGUAUCGGUGUCGAGCAGUUGCCGCUCGAGAAACCCGACAAAUGGCGUCAGAGGCAUGGCCGAUUUGCUUCUUGCCGAGAAGCGCGUUCGGAUCGUGCCCAGGCUGCCCGAUCGCGAUGUCAUUCGGGACGUUGCCAGCCUUUGUGACCGCCUCGUCGACAUCAGCGAUGGCUGUGGCGUUGUUCCCGCGUCUAUUGCCUACGAGCCCAACAAACAAGGCAACUGUCUCCUCCGCGUCUCACCUUAG